AUGGCCAAGACUCGAGGGUCUUCAUUUGCGGCAUUGAAGCCAAGGGCUACUAUGAAAGAGAAAGGCAAGGGCAAGGUCACUCAGAGAGAUGGUGAGGCUGAACCCAAGGAGCCCGAGUCUAGGAAACGACAAAGGGCCAUUUAUGAGUCAACUAUUACAGAGAGGGUAGCCACUUGUGAGUGUAUGGUUGACCUGAAUAGGUUGGGUAAGACCAUGCCAAUCUUGGCCCCUGGGGAAACACCACAGAGUUUUCCUCCACCAGCUUCCAUAUCUGGAGCUACCACUUUAGGGGCUGCUGCUCCAGCUACUUUAGCACCACCUCUAGCAUUUGUGUUUGAGCCGAGAGAUGCAGUUCAAUAG